AUGGCAAAAUCAACAAGUAGUUCGUCUGGAUGGUUGAAAGGCCGAGUGAAGGCCGUUUUAUCCGGUGAUACAAUGGUGGUUAUGGGGAUUGCAAAGGGGGCCGAGAUCCCGCCUGAGAAGAAUAUCGCUUUGGCUUAUCUUGUCGCGCCACGAUUGGCGCGCAAAGAAGGCAAUGACGAACAGUUCGCAUGGAAAAGCAAAGAAUUUUUACGGAAUCUGUGUAUAGGAAAGGUUGUCGUAUUCAAAACAGAAUACACUAUCCCAAAUUAUUCCCGAGAAUGUUGCAGCGUCUUCAUUGAUUCGACAAACAUUGCUAAGGAAGUUGUUAAAAAUGGUUGGGCCAAGGUUAAGGAGGCUAGAGAACAGGGGACUACUCCCGAGCACACUGAGUUGCUACGCCUCGAAGAACAAGCCAGGGAACAAGGCAAGGGCCUAUGGAACAAGUCUCCUGGUGCUACUGCAGAUGCCAUCAGGAAUCUUCCACCUUCAGCCGAUUUUGAUGCAAACGGCUUCUUAGCUGCAAAUAAAGGAAGAUCGAUGAAAGCAAUUGUUGAGCACGUUCGUGAUGGGAGCUGCCUAUAUGCUUAUCUGCUUCCCGAGUUUCAGUUUGUUCAAGUGUUGGUUGCUGGAAUCCAGGCACCAUCAAUGAGAAGAAGGGUUAUCAAUGAAUCUACUAAAUCAUCUGCAUUAACUAACACGGAAGUAAACCCUGAACCCUUUGGAAGGGAAGCUAAACAUUAUACUGAGAUUCGUGUACUAAGUCGAGAUGUCCGGAUUGUCUUAGAGGGUGUUGACAAGAAUAGCAAUUUAAUUGGUUCCGUGUAUUAUCCUGAUGGUGAAAAAGCAAAAGACCUUGCACUUGAGCUUAUUGAAAACGGGUUUGCAAAGUAUGUUGAGUGGAGUGCAAAUAUGAUGGAACUUGAAGCCCGAUGGAAGUUGAAGGCUGCGGAACUUGAAGCAAAGAAGAAUAAGUUGAGGAUGUGGGCAAACUAUGUUCCACCAGCUACGGAUUCAAAGGCAAUUUCAAACAACUUCACUGGAAAGGUUAUUGAAGUUGUUAGUGGGGACUGCAUCAUUGUUGCGGAUGACUCUGUACCAUAUGGAAGCCCGGCCUCAGAAAGGCGAGUAAACCUAUCUAGCACAAGGUGUCCUAAAAUGGGAAAUCCGAUAAUGGAUGUAAAGCCUGAUCCUUAUGCCCGUGAAGCAAAGGAACUUCUAAGAACAAGGCUAAUUGGCCGUCAUGUACAAGUUUCAAUGGAAUACUCUGGGCGGGUCCCCACAGCCAACGGGUCAACAGAUACACGAGUAAUGGGCUUCGGGUCAGUUUUCUUGUUGUCACAAGGGAAGGACAGUGAGAAUGUAUCCUCAUCAGGUGGUCAGCAGACUGGUGUAAAUGUUGCUGAACUUAUUAUUUCUAGAGGUUUUGGCACUGUCGUUGGACAUAGAGAUUUUGAGGAAAGAUCACACUAUUACGAGAAACUUCUUGCUGCGCAGUCACGGGCUGAAGCUAACAAGAAGGGGAUUCAUUCUUCUAAAGAUUCUCCAGUUAUGCAUGUUAAAGAUUUAACAAAGGAAUCAGCAAAGAAAGCCAAAGAGUAUUUGCCAUCUUUGCAACGUAGCAGGAGGACGGCUGCUAUUGUUGAAUACGUACUAAGUGGCCACCGAUUUAAACUUCAUGUUCCAAAGGAAGCGUGCAGCAUUACUUUCUCAUUAUCUGGUGUUAGAUGCCCCGGUCGGGAGGAGGCUUAUUCUGAUGAAGCUAUUUCACUAAUGAGAAGGAAACUAAUGCAGAGGGAUGUCGAGAUUGAAGUAGAAACGGUUGAUAAGAAUGGGACUUUCUUGGGUUCUCUAUGGGAAUCAAAUACGAAUGCCGGUGUCACACUUUUGGAAGCCGGUCUUGCAAUGCUUCAGACUUUCUUUCGAACAAAUAAUAUGACAGAUGCUCACCUUCUUGCUCAAGCCGAGCAGCUUGCCAGAAAACAGAAACUCAAGAUAUGGGGAAAACAAGUUGAAGAAACCAGUGAACAAAUAUUGGAUAAAAAUGUGAACCCUGAUCUGCCCGCCGGUGAAAAAAUACUGGAUAAACGUGCAAACCCGUCUGCUAAAGAAACCAAUUUAAUAUUGAUGGAAGAAAGUUUUCCACAACUUUCCUUGGAGCAGCUACAAAGGAAGAGUAACGUUGAAUCUCAGUCAGAGAAUGGUGAUGAUAUAAAUUCAGAUGCAAAUGACGACUAUUUGCUUGAUGCCGGUAAACAUUAG